AUACAUACCUUUGGUAAACAUACCCGUUGUAAUAUUAGGGGCCCAUUUCAUAAAGAGUUUCAACUUAACAGGGCUCAGCAGCCAAUCACGAUCAAGGUAUCCAUGGUAGUUACAACAAUGGAAAAGUUAUCAUAAUUGAAAGUCUUUGUGAAACGGGCCCCUGCACGUGACCGAUAAAAUAAUCCUCCUCGGGGUUGGGAGAUAGUUUAGGAGAUAGUCUUCGACUCGGCUUCAAUCGACAACCACCGACUGUACCAGCUUGUCAAGAUUUAGCAUUAUAAUCAAUUUAGGAUUAGAAUUAUAGUUAUUUUAUAAGAUGCCUACCUAUAAGUUCUUCUACUACGACGGUCGGGCUCGGGGAGAGCCGGUGAGGAUGCUUUUUGCUUUGGCGAAUCAGAAGUUUGAGGACAUCCGUUUUCAGGUAGAAGGAGAAGAAUGGAAGAAAGCAAAGAGUGAUAAGAAACGGUUCCCGUUUGGUGCUAUACCGGUACUAGAUGUUUCAGGUCGUCUUAUUGCCCAGAGUCGUGCCAUAUAUCGCUAUCUCGCCCGAGAAUUCGGGUAUUAUGGAAGUAACAACUGGGAAUCUACGGAAAUUGACGAGUUUCUUGGGAUAAUGUCCGACUUUGAGACUGCGAUUAGGCCAGCCUAUUUAGAAAAGGAUGCAGCGAAAAGAACGGCUGAUUUACUCAAGGCAAGGGACACAACUCUAAAACAUUUCUUUGAAUUCUUUGUGGAGAAGCUUCAGAAAGGGGGUGGAAAGUACUAUGUUGGAAAUAAGAUAAGCCUGGCUGAUCUGUUGGUCUUCAACUUGCUUGAUGUCUUCCUCAACUCAGCUCUCCAAGUCGACGGUUAUCUGGAUCCUUACCCAUCGCUUGUCAAGUAUUACCAGUCCAUCAAAAGUGAUUCGCCACUGUCGUCUUAUCUCAAGACGAGGAAAGUCACGCCACUCUGAAUUACACUUGACAGAAAUAAUGAUAUUAUAAUACAUUAAACAUGUUUAAAGAAAAAAAAUAUAAAGAAAAAACAAGAAGUUUGAAGAAUGGAACAUGUUUUAAGGUUUUCACACCUACUUGCAUUCAACUAUUUUCACAUUUUUUUUGUACAUUAUCUCAUGGUUAAAAGUGGUUAAUUUUCACUCGCUUUUCAUUCCUCUUGGUAGUGAUGACAAGGAUCACUCAAUUUGGAGUGAAUUUUAGAGUGAAUAUACGAACAUUACACAAAAAUACUUUGUAAAAGCUGAAUUUCACUCAACAACAAGUAAAAAUCCUUCUUAAUCUAACAAAUUUUAUUCACUCAUUCAGUUCGAGUGAUUUAUUUACUCGAAAAUGUUCAUCCUAAGCCAAAGAAUUUAGAAACCAUACAUGAUGUCCGUUCAUCCUGAGUAUAAUAUAUACUUCCUUGUUUGGAUAUUUAUAUGAUCUACCUAUUUUAAAGAGACAUAGGCCUAUAAGGAGUAAACGAAGGAAAACAUGAAACGUUAAACAAAUGUAAUAAAUAUUAUACAUAUAACCUGGCUAAACUGAUUGUUUGAUACUUUAACCAAAUUACUGAAAAGUUAAACCAAAAAGCACUGAUAAAUGUUUAAGCAAGAAGUUUUGAACGAUAGUCAUAUAAUAUAAUGAUAUAUUGUUAUUGGAAUUUACAAAACAUGUGUGAAACCCGCAUUGAAAAGUAACCGAUCAGUUCGUAGUAAGUUAUGAUGAAUAAAGCAUUUUUACUGUGGCAUAAUAGAAGAAAUUCUAAAAAUCAUUCAUGUUAGAUCUGGACUUUUUCUAGACUUUUAUACAAAAGUGUAAUAUACACAUUUAUCCAAUAAUCAUCUUCUUAAGGCAAAUAUGCAUGGAAAGAAAUAUUUAUCUUAUCUUUCGACAGGCAGUUUUGUUGCACGUUCGAUUAUUUCCUUUUUGAAAUAUUCAACAAUGUAUUGGCUAAAUUGGAUUUUGCUUUGUUAUCGUGACCACUAAUAAACUGAAAAAUCCUCCCUAGCAAAUAUU